AUGCCUGACUUUCAAGUUUUGGUUUGUUUCCUUUGUCUUUUAUGCGUGAAUAAGUGGGUUAAGCCGACUUUUAUUAUAUCAGUGAUAUUUCAACGAUAUAUAUCACUGUUCCACGUGAAUUUCUUUAAAAGUAAACAAAUGGUUGUAUGUACGGUUUGCACUACUGAAACUUCCAAGUAUAAAUGUCCUGUAUGCGUUUCUCCAUACUGCUCAGUCGCUUGUUACCAAGUGCAUAAACAGAAUAGUUGUGAAAGAAAGGUUUCCACGACAAUAGUUGAACAUGCAGCCGUAGAACAGGAAGAUGAUAUGAUAGACUAUGUUCCGAAAAGGGUGUUGCAAGGCCUAAAGCAUUCAGAGCGUAUCCGAGUAAUGUUAAAAAACCCUCACCUAAGAAGCCUUCUUCGCUAUUUAAACGAUACCAAUAAACCGAAUUCUGCACUGGAAAAUGCCAUGCGGGAGCCUAUUUUUGUCGAAUUUUCAGAUGAAUGCCUCAAAAUAGUAGAGUCUGGCUGA